UCUGUGAGUGAGUGUGCGGGCUAUGUGUGUAUGCGGGGCCGUAUGCGAGUGCGAGUGUCUGUGUGGGGCCGUGUGAGUGCGUGGAGCUGUGUGUGCCGUGUGAGUGUGCGGGCUCGGCCGGGACACGCCGCCUGUGGGUGGCCCUGCCGGGAGGCUCCUGCUCCCCUCGGCUCCGGGGAAAGUUUGGGUGGGUUCGCCGCAACUCCGCGCAUCCCCCAACCCGCUGGGCUGUCCUGGAUGGGCUUGCGGGGCUCCGGGAGGGAACGCUGGGCUGGGCUUGGCUUUGCUGUGAGAGGUAAAGGCAGCUCCGGGGCUGCUCCUGCCUUUGCUAUCAGCGUGGGGAGAGCAGCAGGACAGAGAUCGGGGAUCCGUGCGGGAAGGGCAGGGAGUGAGGAGCAUCCUUCCAUCCAUCCAUCCGUCCAUCCUGCCGCGGCCGGAGCGCACAAAGAGCCGGGCCCGCACGUGUGCGGCUGCAGCGGCGCCGGGGAACUUUCUCCGAGGGGCUCUGCACGGCCCAAUGUGUGCCCAGUGCUGGAGCUGGCUCUGGUGGGACACCAGGAGCCCUGCAUCCAGUCCUUCAGCCGCAUGGUCAGGAUGUGGAAGCAGGGCUGCACAAACAGGAGGUGGUGUGUGAGCUAUGAGAGAAGGUCUGGCUACUACACGGUUUACAAGCAGGUGUACAGGAUGGAGCAGCAGACCAUCUAUAAGUGCUGCCCCGGCUGGGCCCAGCAGGACAAUGAACCCGGCUGUCUGCACUUGCUGUGCUCUGCUGGCACCUGCUUCAAUGGAGGGAAGUGCUCUGGAGGAGGGUCCCAGGUGUGCCAGUGCCCUGCAGGAUUCCAGGGGCCUCGCUGCCAGUAUGAUGUCAACGAGUGCACCACGGCGAACGGCGGCUGCCAGGAGCGCUGCUGCAACACCAUCGGCAGCUACCACUGCAAGUGUCCAGCUGGCCAGAAGCUGGGGGAAGAUGGAAAAUCCUGUGCAGACGUGGACGAGUGUGAGGUGCUGAACGGGGGCUGCCAGCAGGGCUGUGCCAACACCCAGGGCUCCUUCCUGUGCCAGUGCCAGCCGGGGUUCCGGCUCCACGCCGACGGCCGCACCUGCCUCGCUGUCAAUUCCUGCAGCAUUAACAACGGGGGCUGCGAGCAGGACUGUGUUCAGCUCAGUGAGGACCACUACAAGUGCCAGUGCCAGCCAGGCUACCAGCUGAAGGCAGAUGCCAAAUCCUGUGAAGUGAUAGACCCCUGCACAAGUGGGAACGGAGGAUGCUCACAAAUCUGUCAGAAUGAGAGAGGAAUUGCAAAAUGCGAGUGUCAUCCAGGGCAUUCUCUUGCUGCAGACGAAAAGUCCUGUUUAGACGUGGAUGAGUGUGCCGAGGGCAGUGCCAGGUGUGCCCAUCGCUGUGUGAACACCCCGGGCUCCUUCAGCUGUGCCUGCAGCCCCGGCUUCGAGCUGGGCGCAGACGGGCGGCGCUGCUACCGCAUCGAGAUGGAAAUCGUGGACAGCUGCCGGGACGGGAACGGCGGCUGUGAGCACGGCUGCGAGCACACGGCAGCGGGACCGCGCUGCCACUGCCCCCGCGGCCACCGCCUGGCCGGGGACGGCAAAGCCUGCACAGAUGUGGACGAGUGUGAGACUGGGGAGUCCUGCUGUUCCCAGUUCUGCAUCAACUACGUGGGGGGCUACGAGUGUGCCUGCAAGGCGGGGUUCCAGCUCAGCGCUGACGGCUGCUCCUGCGAUGAUGUGGAUGAAUGUCGUCUGGUUAAUGGCAACUGUGACCAUUUCUGUGUGAAUUCCCUGGGGUCCUACGAGUGUGCCUGUAAGGAGGGUUACAGGCUUGGGGACAGCAGAUGGGCCUGCGUGGCCCUAGGUGCGGAGGAGGCCGAUGCAGAGGAGGCAGCAGGGCUGGCUGGUGCCCCAGGGCUGCACUUCCGAGGGCCCCCCCACCCGGCCGGGCUGGGCUCGUCUGCAACGAGACCUGUCCCCCCGGCACGUUCGGCAGAGGAUGCGCCGGUGUCUGCAGGUGCCAGAACGGAGGCUGGUGUGACCCUGGCACAGGGCAGUGCCACUGCCCUCCCGGUGUGCUGGGCCAGCUCUGCGAGGAUGGUUGCCCAAAAGGUUUCUUUGGGAAGAACUGCAACAAGCCAUGCAACUGUGCCAACAAGGGCCACUGCCACAGACUGUAUGGAGCCUGCCUGUGUGACCCCGGGCUCUACGGCCGCUUCUGCCACCUCACCUGUCCCAGGUGGGCCUUUGGCGCGGGCUGCUCGGAGGAGUGUCAGUGUGUGAAGGAGCACACGCUGGAGUGCAGCCCCAGGGACGGCUCCUGCACCUGCCAGCCUGGAUACCACGGCAAGAAGUGCCACAAAGAGUGCACCCCAGGGUUUUAUGGGGCUGGUUGCAAACUGAGGUGCAGCUGUCCUCCUGAUGUUCUGUGUGAUCCUGAGACAGGAGCCUGCAAACAUCCGUGUCCAGCUGGGUUUCAUGGAGAAAAAUGCCAUUUGUCACAGCUCAGUUGGAAAUUGGUGGCCGUGGUGCCUCCUCACGUCUUCAAAAUGUUCCUAACCAUGACUUUGGGGUUUUUUGUGCAGCUUGUCAGCCUGGCAGCUUCGGGAUGGGCUGCAGGCAGAGGUGCAGCUGUGGAGGAGCCCCCUGUGACCCGAGGACAGGGCAGUGUGUUUGCCCAGCUGGGAAGACUGGUGCUACAUGUGAGCAAGGUGUGUGAGAUUGCCCAGAUGGUCAAUGGGGACCAGACUGCCAGAACUCCUGCGAGCCCUGUGCCAAUGGGGGACAGUGCAACAGGGAAACUGGAGCCUGUGACUGUGCCCCUGGCUACACUGGGCCAUCCUGCUCUGACACCUGCAGCAGCGGCCGCUGGGGCCGGGACUGCGCCAACUCCUGCGCCUGCGACGGCGGCGACGGCGGCUGCGACCCCGCCACGGGCACCUGCUCCUGCCAGCCAGGGUUCACCGGGCAGCACUGCCAGCUCACAUUUGGAAUCCACUUCAUCUUGUGGCAGGUGCCCCGAGGGGAGCUUUGGCCCGGGCUGUGAGUCCAGCUGUCCGUGCCAGAACGGAGCUGCCUGCGACCACGUCAGCGGAGCCUGCACCUGCGCGGCGGGCUGGACAGGAACCUUCUGUGAAAAAGCUUGUCCAGACGGAUUCUUUGGGAUUGACUGCCACCAGGUGUGCAAGUGCAAGAAUGCUGCUGGCUGUGACCACGUGCUGGGCUCAUGCCACUGCCUGCCAGGCUGGCUGGGGGAGAGCUGCGAGCAGCCCUGUCAGGGGAACAGCUAUGGGCCAGGCUGCAGGAGCACUUGUCAGUGUCACAAUGGAGCUCUCUGUCACCACGAAACCGGGACGUGCCUCUGUGGCCCGGGCUGGAAAGGAGCCACCUGCCAAGAAGCCUGUCCCCCAGGGUGGUACGGAGCAAACUGCCUGCAGCGCUGCCUGUGCCACGGCCAGGCCACCUGUGACCCUGGGAGCGGCCAGUGCCAGUGUCCCCAGGGCUGGACAGGGACAGCCUGCGAGCUGGAGUGUGGGAACGGGCAGUUUGGAGAGGGCUGUGAGCAGAACUGCAGCUGCCACCAUGGGGUGUGUGACCUGCCCUCAGGGAAGUGCCUCUGCCACGCUGGCUGGACUGGGGACCGCUGUGAUGUUGGCUGCCCCCCGGGAUUUUUCGGCGAGCGCUGCGAGGAGCGCUGUGACUGCGCCCACGGCCGCUCCUGCCACCCCCAGACCGGAGCCUGCCACUGCGAGAGGGGGUGGCGAGGGAGGCACUGUGACAAACCUUGUCCAGCGGGCACGUAUGGGCAGGACUGUCAGGGAGUGUGCCAGUGCUCUGCUGAGAAUCAGGAAUGCCACCCUGUCACCGGCCACUGCUCCUGCAGCCCGGGCUACCAUGGGGCACAGUGCCACCUCCGGUGUCCAGAAGGUACUUAUGGUUCAAACUGCCAAAAUCCCUGUAAAUGCAUGAACGGAGGCCGCUGUGACCCCGCGUCAGGAGCUUGUGACUGCGCUCCCGGUUUCAUUGGAGCCAACUGCAGCAAAACGUGCCCUGAGAGCUGGUAUGGGAAGGACUGUGCCCAGCCCUGUGCCUGUGGCAAAGGCCAGUGUGACCCACGGACCGGCGAGUGCUCCUGUGCCCCCGGCCACACGGGACCUGCCUGUCUGCAAGUGUGUCCCCAGGGACAGUAUGGCCCCAACUGCCAUGGGACGUGUACCUGUCAGAACGGUGGCAUCUGUGACCACGUGGAUGGCAACUGCACCUGCGGGCUCGGCUGGACAGGAAGAUCCUGUGAGGAAGAGUGCCUCCCAGGAAAGUAUGGGGCUGGCUGCUCCCUGGACUGCCUGUGCCAGCACAAUGGCACCUGUGACAGGUUCACAGGGUGCUGCAGCUGCCCCAAGGGCUUCUACGGUCAUUCCUGUGAGCACAGGUGCCCCCUUGGAUUUUAUGGGCUGGGCUGUCUUCAGGCCUGUGCCUGUAAAAAUGGAGCGAGCUGUGAUGCAGUGACAGGACAGUGCCUUUGUCCUUUGGGCUAUCAUGGUGUCCACUGUGAAAAAGGCUGUGCCAGGGGCUGGUUUGGUGAGGGGUGCCAGCAUCAGUGUGACUGUGGAGAUGCUCCUUGUGACCCAGAGACUGGGAAGUGCCUUUGCCCACCUGGGAAGACUGGAGACAAGUGUGACAUUGGGUGCAGGGCAGACAGGUACGGCCCCGGCUGCUCCUUGCGGUGCCAGUGUGCCGGCAGAUCCCGCUGCCAUCCCCACAACGGGAGCUGCGCCUGCCCCGGCUCCUGGAGGGGCCCAACCUGCACUGAAGGUGGCCCUCCAAAGCUUCCUUUUUAUGAAGAACAAGCUCAAGAAAGAGGGAGUAUUUUUCCAAGAGCUCUACAACAGUAACAUUUGGACUAAUAAAUGAACUGUUUUAUAUGCACAGACGGUAUUUGAAUUUGGAUAUGAAAACAGUUAUUCAAUUCAGCUUGAAUUGUACUGAAGUAUUCACACUUCUUAUGGAAGACUACAGAGGCCAUUUAGUAGCUGGAUCCUUUUAAAGAGUUGAAUCUGUUUCAUGUGUUCAUUCCUAGCCUCUUGCCCCUCCAUUAAUCUACUCUGGACAUUCUUUCUGGUAUUAAUAUAAUUCAUUUCUUGAAAGCCUGGACAUGUUUUUAAUCAGAGCAGCUCCAGAGAGUAUCAGGAUAAGCAGCAUGUAACACAUCACCAUGGAAUGAGCCACACUCCCUAUCAGGGACUUUCUAAACCCACUUGACAACCAGCACCAAGUUUGAAGAGUAUUCCACAGAUUAUUUCUCUACAGAUUCAUUGCAAAAUCACAUUGCACAGAAACUAGAGGGAUUUAUCAAGUUAAUUCCUCUUUGAAUAACGUGGUGUGUUCUAGAGAAGCACGCAGUCUAAUUUUGAACUUUUAGCUGAAGAAGAAUCUGCUACAAUCCGACAAGAGUCCUCAACACGCUGUUAAUUUAUUUAAGAGCAUCUUCUGCAUUUCUGGUGUGGUUUGACUGAUUGGAAGGUCUCUGCCUGAAUCUGCCUUCCAAAGAGCGUGGUGUCAUCUGCCAGACUCUCCUGGCACCCUGUGUUCUCACAUCUUGCCAGAUGAAUUUCUCAGUGGGUUGUCAAGCCAAACUGUGCAGCACUUCUCAUCAAACAGUAUCUGCUAAUGCAGAAAAGGUUUUAUCUUGAGUGGAGAAAGCAGAUAGUAAGCAAGGAGAGAUGCUUAAAGAUACUGUCUCUGGGGUUUGUGCUUUUAUUGAGCAAUUUGUUUUCUAUCAAGUCAUCUCACAACAGUCCUGAUCCCAUUCAACAGCUGCUGGUGGCCACCUCAUAGAGCAGAGACAUUUUGGUGCUAUUUUGUCUGUUUAGACAGGUUUUCCUUCGAUAUUGAACUAUUUCAUUAUAAAGAAAUGUAUGUUCUGUAUUUUAAUAUUCUGUUAACCAGACUAAAAGAUUUCAGAAUUCCUCUUUAUACCUCUUUUUAGGUUAGGAGUUACAAAAUCUGUGUAGUAACCACUUGAUUCUGGCUGUAUCAAAAGUGCACUUAAGAAGGAGCAUCAGGACCAUGGUAGGCACAGAGUAGGGGCAGUUCCAGCUCUUGUACUGACACUCCAUUUCCCACCAGAGCAAACUGCAGCUCUGCAAGAGCACGGUUUUGUUUUGCAAGAGACAAAAUUACAAUAAUUGAUGGAACCUUGGAAUUUUUGAAGAAGUUGUGGUUGGGUAAGUGAUGAGUUGGUGAAGCAGGAUCCAGGAGGUUGGAUGGGAAGGUGAGGUAACAAUUUUCCCCCAUGGUUCACCAAGGUCUUAAACAAAUCUGCAGUCAAUGACUGUCCAGGCCAAAGCAAGUGGCGCUUGCUCCCCUGGGAGUUUAUUUCAAAUUGUGAUCUAUGGGAGGCAAUACAGUUUUAGGAGGUGUUUUCCAACCUUCAUGGAAGUCUUAUUGUUGUUAUUCAUCACUUUGUAGGUAUUGAAAGUAAAGGUAUUUGUGAAUGUGUCAAAAUUAAUUAACUAACUGUGCUUUCAGCCAGAAAAUCACUGGGGCUGAUGCUGAUCUCUUUUAAUUUCUUCUGUGGAGCUCAAUGAAUGUCACUGGAAAGUUAAUUCAAUGUAAAUGUGGCAGAAUUAUGGUCCCAGAAGUGUGUGACUCUCAACAAGGCAGUGAUAUUUUAAAUGUUCUUUUGGAGGUGUGAUGGCCUGGGUCUGAUCCUACCAUUGUGUGAAUUUGGGGCAGUUUCACUGAACAGGAACCUGUAAGGUAAAUCUCCUGUGAAACAAUGAGGUAGAAUCUUAGCAACUGCUGGAGAAGAGCAAUUCAAGUUGAGCAGUUGGCAUAUUUUGGUCUUAGCCCUGUAUUUACUGCAGAGCCAAACUACAACAGCAGUGCAAGUGUCACACUGUACUGAAGAUAUUUUGUAGAAUGAUUGAGUGAGUAAAGCUGUAGAAAACCUCUGAAGGUCUGAGCUUCCCUUUAAAGCCUGAUCAACUUCAGAGUCAAAUGGGUCAGAAUUUCAUCAUUCAAGUCAAAUUUCAGAGAUUCAUCUCACCCAGUUUUGAAUAUCUCCAAGAAUGGAGAUCCCACCACCUCUUUGAACCUGUCCUAGUGGAGAUUUCAUUUUCUUCCUUUUUUUUUUUUUUUUCCCCUCUGGUUUCUAAUCAGAAUUUCUUCAGUUUCAUCUUUGUUCCACUGGUUCUCAUCCUUUCAGAGUGGAUCUCUGAGGAGCGUUUGGCUUCCUCUCCCCACAGCCCCCAUGGGGAAGUUGGGUACAGCCUUGGUCUUCUCUUCUGAGGACAGCCCAUCCCCUGGCCACAUUCCAGACAUUCCAGUUCCUUCCAGCUGCCCAGAGGCUGGUGUGCUUACUCAGCACAUAAACCCCUUUACACUGCUGUCAGACAGCAGAGUGUAUCAAAUGUACUGUUUUUCUCUUAUUUUUGUAGAUUGAUGUGUGAUUCGAGCAGCUAAUCAAAGGGCAAACCUUUCUCAAGCCAUAUUAUUUACAGCCAUGUAUUCUUGUUUACAUUUUCCACAGUACCUUGGUAAUAGAAUUGUAAAUAUGUAGUAUAAGGAAAUAAAAGAUUUUUGUAUUACAUGUUUUUAAAGGAUGUCACUGUUUUAGGUACAUGAUGAAACACAUAUUUUAAAUGGCUGAUACUGAGUCUUUGCCAAUGAAUUAAGGGCCCAGGUAGAUCUGCUUUGGGAAAUAUUUCAGCAAACUUUUUUUAAAUCAAAAAAUGCCAAUUCAUGCAAACCACUCCAUAUACAAUAGACUUUUUUAUUCAAAAUGCUUCUUAGCUUCUUUAUGUUAUUACCUUUGGAAAGGAAGUUCACUUCAGUGCCAUCAAACAGACCAUUCUGAUUUGUGGCUCUGCAUGACUUUUGUUCCAAAACAAAGCACAGUCAUAUACAGGUAAAAAUCAGAAUUAAGUAUUUCAAAAAUGUUAAAAGACAAAUUUUGAUUAAGAUAGUUGGAGUAUCUUAUCUUGGUUCUUAUUUUUUUCAUAAGGCAGAGAAAAUGUUUACAGGAUUUUGUUUUCUAGAAGAGCCACAACUUCACAUUAUUAACUACUAAUUAAGGAAGUUUAUUUGCUUCUGAUAUUACUGUUCUGAUUCUGCUCCUUACUACAGUUUAACAGAUUUACCUAAUUCUUUGCCUACAAAAUAGGCUUUAUUAGACAGGAUGGAAUUUUUUAAUGGAAAACUGACUAAAUCAGCUUUUCCAGGGGUUAAUUUUAUGGCAAGUGAGUGUAGUUGCUACUAAAUUAACACAACUCUGCUUAUUUGCUUCAUCAGAUUCCAGUGAAGGAGUGUCAGGCUGAUGCAGUCCUGAGCACAGCACUGGGGCUUGUUGAAAAUGGAAGUGAAGAACUCAGUGAGAAUGGGGUUUAUAGUUGGAUUGAUGUCCAUCUUGGUGGAGGCUGGCUCUGUGUUCCCCAGGAGGCUGAAGUUAAUUACACUUCCUUGCAGAGAGAGCUCUGUGUAUUCCUCUGCAGCGCACUUGCACGUGCAGAUAACUCCUUUCAGAAGGACAUUGGAAUUAUUUCAGCCAUGCAGCUCCUGUGCCAAGCCCCCCUCUCUUACCUUGUGAGCUCCAGAUAACUCCAGCAGGAGAGGGAAGGAGCUGAGUGUAACUCAGUGGGCCCAGCAGAACCUCGCUCCCUGUGAAUUCAUGAAACCAGAACAGCAUGUUUUAAGUUAGACUUCACUAACACUAUCCUCAUAGGAAAACAAUCAGAAUUUAAAAAAUUCCCCGCUUCCCCUGCCAAAAAUUAUUAUUCUACUUUUAUCCUUUUUAUGUUGAAGAACCAUAGCUAUUAAAGUUUGCCCAGAUUCCUUGCCAACCAUAUUAUUUUGAUUGGCUGCAGGUUUCUGUUUGUGUAAGUAAUAACCAGCACAGUGUCAGGAGUUGCCAACGGGACAAACAUGGAAAUAAUACCUUCAUGUCCUUCCCAGAAGAGGCAAAGACACAUUUGGGAGCCAUCGUGGCUUCAGUGUGCAGAUCAAACGGUGACUCUGUUAGAAUUCAGCUUCUUAUCAGAGCAAAAUACAGCUCAGGAACAAUCUUUGAGAGUGCUGGUGGACCAAGAAGCCUCCAUCCUCCCAUUCUUGUGUUAAUACUUUUAUAUUUAGGCUAGAAACCUCCUCAGCCCCCAGUUUUUGAAGGACUUUCCUUCAGGUUGACCUGAGUAGCUCUUUGCAUGGGCUGCAACUGUGCCCAGUAAUCCUUUGGCAAGGUCACAGCUUUAAGUUCUGACACUGUGUAAAGCAAUUUCCAGCAGUAAGCACCAAAUCUCAGCCUUGUAGAGCAUGAGUUGUUGGGUUUGUUCUUUUUAUUGCUUUUAAUAAGCACUUGCAUAGCAAUAUUAUGUCUCUGUGAAUUUGUAAUCCCUUUUCAAGAAAUGUGUGGGAUGUAUCUCGGGUUUGUACUGUACUUUCUGUUGUAGACGUGUUGUAGUGAAAGGAUGCUGAUUUUUUUUUAUAUAAACAUGUCAUUAAAACUUGGUCUUGAUUUUCCCUCA